AUGGAUGAGCCUCAAACUGAAACAAAUUUAUCAAAAGAAAAUCAGUCCUUAAUCAACGACCUCAAAACAAUUCUUGAAAAAUCUCCAGAAUCAAGAACUGCUGAAGAUAUAAACAAAAUUAUGGGUUUCACUGUAAAUGUGAAAUUUUUUAAAUCAUUAACUGCGGAUUCUUCAAGCAUAAUACAUAGGGAAUGCUGCUUGUGCAUGUCAUAUGAAUUUUUCCCAGCAAAUGAAUAUGUUUUUCAUUACGGAGACAAAGGAAACAAAUUCUAUAUUCUUUUGUUUGGUAGUGUUGGUGUGCAAGUCCCUUUUAUGAAUGAAGAAACAGAACAAUAUGACUAUCAAGAAGUUCUUGUCUUAAAAGACGGAGCUAGCUUUGGGGAGCUUGCAUUAUUAGAGAAAAAACCUAGGGCUGCUUCAAUCCAAUGCAAAGAGGCUUCUCAUUUUGCUGUUCUUGAUAAAAUAAAUUAUCAAAGAAUUUUAUCAAAAUUGAUGAAUGAAAAGAAACAGGAAAUAGUGAACUAUUUGAAAACUUUACCAAUUUUCCAUAGGUGAACAAGAGGAUCUCUCACUAAAUUAAGCUUUUUCUUUGAAGAAAAAUCUUUUUACAGAAAGCAUGUUAUAUACAAAGAAGGAGAAGAAGCUAAUGAAGUCUACUUAAUAAGGGAAGGAGAGUUUCAAUUUAUUAAAAAAAUUCCAAUAGACCAAGAUCAUUCCAACGAAAAAAAAUUCCGAAGAAUUUUAAUACCUAAAAAAGCCCAACAACAUCGAGCAGAAGUUGCGAUUUUGGGCAAGGGAGAAUUUUUUGGAGAAGAAGAAGUUAUAAACAGAACCAAAAGAAACACUACUUGCAUUUGCUACUCUUUGCAAGCUACCGUACUUGCUAUAUCUGCAACGGAUUUUGUCAGGAGAGUCACUAGUGAAGAUUCCUGAAAAAUUAUUAAAAACAGAAAUGAAAUUAAAACUGACUAUAGAACUAAACAAAUACAAAAUAUCACUGAAGAAGUAACACAAUUUAUUAUAUCGCCUAAAAAGCUUGACGAAGAAGCCUCACAAAGUUUAUCAAAAGAAGACAUUUCACCUUUAGCAAGAACAAAUUUUAGAAAAAUGUAUGACCAUGUAAAGAAUUCAUUUUUAUUUAAAACUACUGAAAAAGAGCUAAUAAAAAGAGAAAAAACGACUUCACCAAUUAAAAGUGAUAAAAGCGAGCCAAUUAUUCAAGAUAUUAAGCUGAAUUUGCAAAAAACUACAAAUAGUUCGAGACCUGAGUCAAGCUCAUUGGCGAACACAUUGAGGGCUUUACAAACCCAAAGAAAUAAUAGGAAUUUUAUAGAAAUGGCUGCUUUUAACUUGGAAGAAAAAUCAUCACGCCUUAAGAGAAGGCCAGCAAGUUCUUCUCAGCGCCCAUGCUGCUCAGAAGUAUUACAGUAUGAUACUACUAUAGAUGUGACUUUUCAUAAGAAAACUCCUCCUCUAACUCCUAACAAAAAUGCAUCUACAUUAAUAAAUAGGAAACUUCGAGGUAGUUUAGCUGAAAACUCAAUCAGCAUUUUUUCUCUGAACUCAUUCCCAAUAUAUGACACUUUAUGAGACCCACAAAAGGUUUCUAGUAAGCGAAGAAACAGUCACAACAUCCACUUUGCCAAGCGAACAAGGCCACCAAAUAGAACAUUGUCACAUUUUGGAAAUAAUUUUUAA